AUGAACCCAGAAUCUGCGACUUCGGAACUCUCUUCCGACGAACGAAAUGUUUAUUCUCUUGCAACUGUGCUUGAACAACCAAGCAAUCCAGAUUUUCCAGAAACCCCAACCAACACCGAUACAUUAGGGCACUCUUGCAGUCCAGAAGACUCCUACCAGAAACUCUACGCCGAAAUGUAUAAGAAAGCCUACGAUGAAGCAUAUCAAACAGCAUGUUGGGACUCAUUCGAUCGAUCAUAUAAAGCAGGGUUCAAAGCUAAAUUUAGCGAUAGUUAUAUGAGAGCAUAUAUGAGUGAGUUUGAACGAAUCCGUACUUAUGAUUCCGAAAGUAACGUCAAAUGUGAGGAUUUUGGGUUUUCUUGGUUGAACCGGGAGAAGAUGUGUGGGAUUUGCAAACUGAUUAAAUUUACAGGUAGUACGAAACAUCAUGCAUUGAUGGAGUCGAUUCUUGAUAAGAUUCCCUUCUCUGAUAAUGAAGAAUCUGCGGUAUAUUUAUCUCUCAUACCCCAAUUUAGACCCCAACAGUUGGAACAAAUUCUGACAUUCAGUAUAGCAAACAUCUACUCAGAUGCUACAGCUUUUCAAUCGCAUACAAGACCUCGAAAAUAA